UCUCUGACAAGUGGAUGCUCCUAUCACUUGUAACUCCGUUCCUCCGUUGUCAUCUUCUUUCCUUUGCCAAAAAUAAAGUUUAAACUAAAGCAAGAAAAGCCACCAACCCAAAACCACUUUCUCUCCUCCAUUAUUUUUCCACUCGCGAAACCCACUUUCUGCCCUAUAAAAUCCCAAUCAAACCCAUCAUUAUUUCACUCAAAAGCUUUCUUUACCGGGAAAGUGAGUGGGAGAGAGAGUGCGAGAAAGGUUAGAUCAAGAGAAAAAAAAAUUAUAUAUAAGAGUUAAGAAUAGAAUAGAAAUUAGAAUUUUGCUGUAUGUCAGUGAAAUACUACAGUGACAAUUACUACGGUGGAUACGGUGAAGUUGCUAACCCUUUACAAUGGCCACAGCUCAGGAAAAGGCGACGCCUUCUUGUUGCAGUUCCUCCAACUCUUCCUCUGCUGCCGCUGCUGCUGCAACUAAGGUUUUGCAGGAUUGGCGCGUUACCACUGUAUCUGACUCGCCACAGGAUCCAAUCACCAAGAGAACCACCAUGUCAUCCCUGAUCCGCCCUGUUGAGUCCCUCACUGAUCCUUCUCCGCCUAACCCCACUUCUGCUAAAGGAAUCCCGAUGAUGGCAAGGGCACAAACCAGCCACCCUUUGGACACUUUAACGGCUGCUGAAAUUUCUGUUGCAGUGGCAACUGUCAGGGCAGCUGGAGCAACUCCUGAGGUGAGAGAUAGCAUGCGCUUUGUUGAAGUAGUUUUACUGGAGCCAGAUAAGCAUGUUGUUGCAUUGGCGGAUGCGUAUUUCUUCCCUCCCUUCCAGCCCUCAUUACUUCCUAGAACUAAAGGUGGGCCUGUAAUUCCCACCAAACUUCCUCCCAGACAAGCAAGGCUUGUUGUUUACAAUAAAAAGUCAAAUGAAACAAGCAUAUGGAUUGUUGAGCUAUCACAAGUGCAUGCUGCAACUCGAGGUGGCCACCACAGAGGCAAAGUCAUUUCAUCCAAAGUUGUUCCAAACGUUCAGCCUCCUAUGGAUGCUAUGGAAUAUGCUGAAUGUGAAGCUGUAGUGAAAGCAUUCCCUCCAUUCCAGGAGGCAAUGAAAAAGAGGGGUAUUGAGGAUAUGGAUCUUGUAAUGGUGGACCCCUGGUGUGUUGGAUAUCACAGUGAAGCUGAUGCUCCUAGCCGCAGGCUUGCUAAACCUCUUAUCUUCUGCAGAACCGAGAGUGACUGUCCAAUUGAAAAUGGUUAUGCUCGUCCAGUUGAAGGAAUCCACGUUCUUGUUGAUAUGCAAAACAUGGUAGUGAUUGAAUUUGAUGACCGUAAACUUGUUCCCCUACCACCAGCUGAUCCCUUAAGAAAUUAUACUGCUGGUGAAUCUCGAGGAGGUGUUGAUAGAAGUGAUGUGAAACCUCUACAGAUCAUUCAGCCUGAAGGCCCAAGCUUUCGUGUUAAUGGACACUUUGUUCAGUGGCAGAAGUGGAAUUUUCGUAUUGGUUUCACGCCCAGAGAGGGUUUAGUUAUCUAUUCUGUAGCAUAUGUUGAUGGUAGUCGAGGUCGGAGACCUGUGGCCCACAGGUUAAGUUUUGUUGAGAUGGUGGUUCCCUAUGGAGAUCCAAAUGAUCCGCAUUAUAGGAAAAAUGCAUUUGAUGCAGGGGAAGACGGCUUGGGUAAAAAUGCACAUUCUCUUAAGAAGAAUUGUGAUUGUUUGGGCUUCAUCAAGUACUUUGAUGCACACUUCACAAAUUUCACUGGAGGUGUUGAAACAAUUGAGAACUGUGUUUGUUUGCAUGAAGAGGAUCAUGGUAUCUUAUGGAAGCAUCAGGAUUGGAGAACAGGAUUACCAGAAGUCCGACGUUCUAGAAGGCUGUCAGUUUCUUUUAUAUGCACUGUGGCUAAUUAUGAGUAUGGAUUUUUCUGGCAUUUUUAUCAGGAUGGGAAAAUUGAAGCUGAGGUUAAACUCACUGGAAUUCUUAGCUUAGGAGCACUGCAACCUGGGGAAAUACGGAAAUAUGGUACAACAAUUGCUCCUGGAUUAUAUGCACCUGUCCAUCAACACUUUUUUGUGGCACGUAUGGAUAUGGCAGUUGAUUGUAAGCCUGGCGAAACAUUCAAUCAGGUUGUUGAGGUGAAUGUAAAAGUUGAAGAGCCAGGAAAGGAUAAUGUGCAUAAUAAUGCAUUCUAUGCUGAAGAGGAACUGCUCAGAUCUGAAUUGCAAGCAAUGCGUGAUUGCAAUCCAUUAACUGCUCGCCAUUGGAUUAUCAGAAACACAAGAACUGUCAACCGGACUGGGCAGCUUACAGGUUACAAGUUAGUACCUGGUUCAAAUUGUUUACCACUGGCUGGUUCAGAGGCAAAAUUCUUAAGAAGAGCUGCUUUCUUGAAACAUAAUCUUUGGGUAACACCUUACGCACGUGAUGAAAUGUAUCCUGGAGGAGAGUUUCCUAAUCAAAAUCCUCGUGUUGGAGAGGGAUUGGCUACUUGGGUGAAGCAAAAUCGAUCCCUUGAAGAAACUAACAUAGUUCUAUGGUAUGUAUUUGGAGUGACGCACAUUCCUCGAUUGGAAGACUGGCCUGUCAUGCCAGUGGAUCGCAUUGGUUUUAUGCUAAUGCCACAUGGGUUUUUUAACUGCUCACCGGCUGUGGACGUUCCUCCAAGUUCAAGUGAUUUGGAUCUCAAGGACAAUGGAAUUACAGCAAAGCCUAUCCAGAAUGGACUAUUGGCUAAGCUCUAGUGUACUCUUCCUUGAAUAAUUGAAGCCAUAGGCCCAAAUUCCAGGAAAUGCUAUUUGAUUAAUCUACGUACUAUAUUAUUUGGAAUGUUUCUUUUGUUAUGAUCACGUUAUCAAACUGUCUAUUAUGGUGUUGUUGUAACUCUAUCUUACCGAAGUACAUUUGUGUUGUUAUAGGCAAAUGUCUUUGUUGAUGUACCUUUUGAAUUGUCAUGUCCCCAGAUAGAUGCUUCAUGUAAGGGGAAUACAUUCUGCUGCUGCAGGCCGAAUCGGUCGGUCGCAAAGUUUGUUUCUAGAAGAUUCUAAAUGACUGGAAUCCAGCUUCAUUAUGAAUGUGAAAUCAUAAUAGAAUAAAAUAUCUGAAACAUUAUUAUGUGA